CUGCUUAUGCUGUUAUGAACCAAUUAUCAAUCUAUCAUCAUCAUCAUCAUUGACUCGAUCACAAUCAGUAAUCAAUAGUCAAUACUCAAUAGACCCUACACCACCUCCCAAAGGAAUAUUAUAUUCAAGAGAGCAAUUAGCACAAGUCAGUAAACAUUCUUCUCCUCUUCCCACAACUCCAGAUUUCAAUUUCGCCUUCUUCACACCUUCCAUCUCAAUGUUACACAUACAAAUACAAAAACAAUAAUCAUACAUAAAAUAUACACAUCAUCAAGCUGAAACCGAUGGCUACUAUCAUUACAGUUUCUCUAUUAAUUAUCUCCCUUCCAUUCUUCUCCAUAUCCAGUGCAAAAAUCUCAGGUCAACCUGGAAUCAACUACGGUCAAUUGGGCAACAAUCUUCCACCUCCAAAAACCUCAAUAAACCUAAUCAAAUCCCUAAAAGCCAAACGCGUCAAAAUCUAUGAUACGAAUCCAUUGAUCCUAAAAUCCCUAGAAAACACCAACCUCCAAGUCUCAAUCAUGGUGCCAAACGAACUCGUCUCAAAAAUCUCAACAAACCAAACACUCUCAGACCAAUGGGUCCAAUCCAACGUCGCACCUUUCUACCACAAAACCCUAAUCCGAUACCUCCUCGUCGGAAACGAACUCAUCAGCUCCACGUCACCUGACACGUGGCACCACAUCGUUCCCACGAUGCAGAGGAUCAAAACCUCCCUAACAACGUUCCGUUUGCACAAGGUGAAGGUUGGAACGCCCUGUGCCAUGGACGUGCUGGAAUCGUCGUUUCCACCUUCAAAUGGCACAUUCAGAAACGACAUUGCGUUUCGUGUCAUGAAGCCGAUGCUGAAAUUUUUGUCCAAAACCAAAUCGUUUUUCUUCUUGGAUGUGUACCCGUUUUUCGCGUGGUCCUCGGACCCUAAAAACAUUGACCUUAAUUACGCGCUAUUUGAGUCCAAGACCAUAACGGUAACGGACUCGGGUACGGGUUUGGUUUACCAUAAUUUGUUUGAUCAGAUGGUGGACGCGGUUUAUUUUGCAAUGAACCGGAUCGGGUACCCGGAUAUUCGGAUAUUUAUUGCUGAAACGGGUUGGCCCAACGGAGGAAACUUGGACCAAAUUGGAGCGAAUAUUCACAAUGCUGCCACGUAUAACCGGAAUUUUGUGAAGAAAGUGACGAAAAAGCCGACGGUUGGGACUCCGGCUCGACCGGGUUGGAGUCUUCCAUCGUUUAUAUUUGCGUUGUAUAACGAGAAUUUAAAACCAGGAUUAGGCACAGAACGUCAUUUUGGGUUAUUGUAUCCGAAUGGAUCUGGAAUUUACGAAAUUGACCUUUCUGGAAAGACGCCGGAGUCAGAAUUUCCAGCGCUGCCGCCAGCGGAGGAUUACAAAGGGAAGGCGUGGUGUGUGGUGGCGGAGGGAGCGAACGUGAGCUUAGUAGCGGCGGCGCUAUCAUACGCUUGCUCCCAAGGGAACGGAACCUGUGAUCCGAUCCAACGUGGACAAUUAUGUUUUGAACCGAACAGUGUAGUUGGGCAUGCUAACUAUGCGUUUAGUUCUUAUUGGGCACAGUUCAGGUCUAUUGGUGGAACUUGUAAUUUCAAUGGUUUAGCUGAAGCUACCUCAAAGGAUCCAAGUUAUGGAUCUUGCAAGUUUCCAAGUGUGAUUCUUUGAAGAAGUGACGAGUCAAUUAAUGCCAAUCAAAUGAAAAAAUGAGAAAAACUCAAAACAGCAUCUGACAAUUAUCUCAAAAGACAACGAGGUCGUUGAUAAAAAAAUAUCUAAUCCGACUCCUGAGUUUUAUUUUUAUGUAAUUGAUUAGCCAUUUGUACCAAAAAAAGUUAAUGUUAUUUUUUUUCUCACAGAGUUAAUCAAUCCCAAAAGAAAAUAUGCAAGAUCGAGUUGGGUAUUUUUGUA